AUGUCCGUCCUCUACACGGAGGUGCUGAGUUCCAAGCUGGAGCAUAGCCAACCUUUGUUGGCGGGCUUAGUAGCCGUCUUGACACUUGUUGUUCUCUACGCCUGGCUGAGCGACCCGAAGGCCCAAAGCCAUUACCCCCUCGUGGGCGCUGAGUCUACCUUUUUUUUAAAGGGAAUACGCCAGCGACGGCACUGGUUCCAGCAGGGCCCUGAACUCAUUCACAACGCCUUCAAACAGUUUCCCAACGUUAUUUUCACUCUCCCAUCCCUCGAUCGCACCUCGAUAGUCCUUCCCCCGCGCUUCCUGCAGGAAAUCAGAGACCUUCCGGCGUCCAUCGCCAGCAAUUCUCGUGCCACUUCGGAUUUCUUUAUUGGCAAUUGGACAACUUUGGAUUAUGAUAUCUUUGGUCAUGCUACCAUUGAUUCCAUCAAAACCCAGUAUAUUGCCAAAAUUGGGCAACAGAUAGGACGCGCUUCAAAUGAGGCGAUUUACGCUUUCAACCAACAUUUUGCUAGAUACCAAGAAUGGACUCCCGUCACAGCCCAACCAAAGAUUUUGGAACUCGUGGCGCAGAUGGUGGGUAGCACGAUUGUUGGUCCCGAUAUUUGUCGCGAUCCUGAUUGGGUUCCAUCGGUGAUUGGCUACGCACAAAACGUUUUCAUGCUGGCCGUUACCUUCAAGCUCGCGCCGGACAUUGCACGGCCGCUGGUAUCGCUCUUUACACCCUACAUUUACCGCAUUCAUAGCAGUCGCCGCGCCAUCAGGAGACUCGUCAGACCAACGGUCGAUCAGAAGAAUGCUUGGGCCCGCGAGCAGCCCCAGGACUGGAAGUCGCACGUCAAGCAUGACAAUGAAAUUACGACUCUGGAGUGGUUGGUAGAGACAUCCAAGCCGGAAGAGGCGACGGUGCCCAUGAUAGCGCACCGUAUCACCGGUGUAGCCUUUGGAGCAACUCAUACGACUUCCAACACCAUCACCAACGCCAUCCUGGACCUAGCCAACGAUUUUGACCGCUGGGCUCCUCCCUUGCGAGCAGAAAUCGAGGAAGUUUUGGGCGACAUCCAAUUAACCGAGAUCACCAAUUCUCAUCUUUCGAAGAUGUGGAAACUCGACAGUUUCUUGAAAGAGUCCCAGAGAUUCCAUCCGCCCUCGAAGUUGUCCGUGAACCGAAAGAUGAUGCAAUCCCAUGAGCUUUCCUCGGGCGAUGUUCUUCCUAAAAACGCGCACGUUUCCUUUGCCGGCGUGCCCAUGUCUAUGUCCGACGAAUUCAUUAGCGAGCCAGACGAAUUUGACGGCUUCCGCUUCGAGCGCCUUCGCCGCAACGCCGAGACAGACCACAACGGCUUACAAUUCACCUCCUCGUAUGCAGGUAGCCUGCAUUUUGGACAUGGAAAACAUAUGUGCCCCGGUCGAUUCAUGGGCAGCUUGAUUAGCAAGCUCCUUCUGAUUGAGCUUCUCAACCGCUACGACAUGAAAUUACAGGAUGGGGGUCGACCGAAGAAUAUCAUGUUUUUCGACAUGGACAUCCCAGACCCGAAGUAUGAGGUUUUAUUCCGGGACCGACAAACUUAG